CUUUGGAGUACCUUCUGCAACCAGCGGGGUGCCCGAGUCCAAGAUACGACUACUUUCAAGACGUACCUCAAUAUUUUGAAUGAAAAGUCGAGUACCAUUGGUGACGUGACCGAGGAUAACGCGGAUACCUAUCGAGUCUACCUCAAAUCGAAGAAGACCAUCGAAGAUCCCUACCAUGGCCUUAUCAACCGGGGUAUCAAGGUCGACGUGGAUAAGAAGAUCGCGGGCCUCCCAGCAACCACCCAGCCGAAAGCGCCAGAAACCCCGACGACAUUCAGUCACAACAUUUUCUUGAAUCCUACGACCACCUUCAACAUCGUCCACCCUGCGGAUAUGAAUGAGAAAAACUGGAGUGUGGUCAUGCGAAGCAACUCCCUGCUUCAUGCUUACCGGGUUCUUGAUCUCGGUGAAAAGGGAGGGAAGUUUGUGGAGAGGUCGUUGUACCCAAGCUUUGUUCUGAAGCCUCGCAGCUUCUGGAACUAUCAAAUCAGCGCCACGGCCGAGGUGGACUCAAUUGCGGAGCAAAAGCAAACGAUUCGAGUCCCGCGCUUCCGCAUCGACGAUGACUCCUAUAUCCGGCAAUACGAGCAGAAAACGUCUGUCUCUCGAGCUAUUGCGGAGGCAUGUCUAUCGGAGACCGACGCCAAGCUUGCCAUCGAGGGUGGUGCGUUCGGAUACAGCGCCAGUGCGUCCGCCAGCUGGGGGGAAAGCAAAUCCUCGUCCUCGUCCUCAAGCACCAAGGAGGAUACUCGAAUCAUGACGAUCACCUAUAAUUUCCCACGGGUCGUCAUCGACUUUGAACCUGCGGAGCUUGACCUUUCCGAGGACAUGAAGGCUGAUCUGGCCAAGGUGGAUUCAGCCGAUGCGGUCGAUGUGUUUAAGAGUAAAUACGGCCGCUUCUUUGCCACCCGAGUGCAACUAGGAGGCAGACUCCAUUCCAGUGAAGAGAGCACCAGUACCGAUGCCGCUGCCAGCGCGGCGCAAGCCAAGAGCAUGCGCGCGGCCGCGGCCUUUUCGUUCUCCUCGCCGUGGGUCCAGGCAUCUGGCAGUGUCAGUCACAGCAAUUCGUCCAACUCCAGCUCGGAGAGCAAGGAUAGCGCGUCGACCAGUACGAUCUCCUGGGAGGCCCAGGGAGGUGACACUCUACAGUGCAACAAUCCCCCGGCCUGGGCCUACACUGUCGGCUCUUUCUACAACUGGCGAGUCGUCAAGCAAACCAAAGUUGUCUCUCUCGAAGAAAUCAUCUCCGCCGUCCCCGGAUAUCAAGACGUUAAGGAGAAUUUCGCGACCCUUCUGGCCGCCCGGGACAAGAAAGACGCCAAACCCGAGCCGAAACCCAAGGCCCCUGCCCAGCAAACCAUUAAGUUCAAGAUGUCAAUUGGCAUCGAUAACGCCUAUCUGGCCCUUCCAACCACUCCCAGUAGCGAUAGCUAUGGCCAAUUGAUCGAGAAGCUGGUGGAUGCAGAGGACCCAGUCACAGCUGAGCGAUUGAACUUCCUGAGUGAGCUAUCGACCGAACGGAGCGAAAGUGUGCCCUUGCAACUCCUGCAAAAAACAGAAGGAGCGAUCAAGGAAUUCGCUGUCACCACCGACAAGAAGGACCAGCAUAAGAAAACCCAAGCUAACCGUCCACCAAUCCAGCUCAAACUCUACCACCCCUACAAAAUCCGCACCGCCGGCGGCGGCGACGCCAGCAAGGAACGCUGGCUGGGUGUCAACCCGACCCUCCCGGGCUAUCUGACGGAGGCCAUAAUCUGGGCCGGCAAAGCCGAACACGCCACCCACUUCGCGUUCGUCCCUUACUCUCUUUCUCCCGUGACCGCUUACGUAGAGCCCGGGACGGUCUUACAGCUCGUCUUGUAUGACCGGGAGAAGCAGCAGCUCGGCUCCGCCAGCCCCUGGUGGGCCAAGGCCGAGCUCGAAACGGACGAGGACCCUCCCACCUACCCCUCCAAAGUCGGCACGGAUACCCGUUGGUUUAACCGCUAUUACGCUCCUUUCCUUAUCGAGUACAGCUAG